CUGACGGAUAAGUCAUAACUAUGCUAACCUUUAUUUGAAUUCGUUUAUCAGCAUGUUCGAAACAGAGCACUAUUUUUAUCAGAACGAUAACGAAAACCAGGUCAAUGUCUCGGCGCCCACUGCAUUUGGCUGUACCGUUUUAGGGAAAGAUGCGUUUCAACCCAUGAUAAUUAUCAUAGAUCGUCAGAUAACGUACGACUUGGUCACGUGUUCCGUAACGUAUAUAACGGUAAUCUUCCCAAGGGCUCAACUCCAUUGUUGUUUUUGUUAUCAUCCGAGGAAUAUCUGAAGGUGCGCAUUUUGUUCAAAAUGCUCUCUACCAUAGGUUUGCUUCUGGUUGCUUUCGCUGGCUUCAGUCUUGCAGAUGUCAAUGUCAGCUAUGAGGGAGCGUCGACCGAGGUCAGUCCACCACUGACAACUGCUAGUCAACCACGAAUCAUUGGAGGACAUCCGGUGACCAUCGGCGAAGUUCCCUACCAGGUGGCUGUUCUCAUCAAGUACCGGGCUCUGUUGCGGUUAACAUGUGGAGGCUCCAUUCUGAGCACACAGAUCAUCCUAACGGCCGCACAUUGUGUCAAUAAUGGAGGACAAUUCUACAUUCGAGCUGGGACGGAAAAUUCCGGAUACGGUGGUCAAUUGGUAAAAGUAGCUUCGUACCAGGUGCAUCCGUACUACGACGAAGAUGUGUUCGACUACGAUUCAGCAAUCCUUAAGCUGGUUAAGAGUUUAGUUUUCAACCCCAGUGUGAGCCCGAUUAAAUUGGCAACCACGGAAAGUCAAUAUACUCCCGGGAUUCUAGGGAAAAUCAGUGGCUGGGGAUCUACCGAGAAAGAAGGCCCGCUAUCCAAGAAGCUGCAACUGGUGGAGGUACCGAUAGUUGAGCAGCCGACCUGCGAGGUGCUGUACGAAUGGAUCAAUCCAGUUUCGAAGCAGAUGUUCUGUGCCGGGUUUGUUGGCGAGGGUGGUCGAGAUUCCUGCCAGGGAGACUCCGGGGGACCCUUUGUCGUGGCCGGCGCCUUGGUAGGAAUCGUAUCAUGGGGCAACGAGUGUGCCGAUCCCAUCUUUCCCGGUGUCUACGCCAAGGUGCUGCCCAUGCGUGAAUGGAUCGAUGGCUUUUUGUGA